CUUUCUUCCUGCCAUCCUCCUCCUCGACAGAUCGCAGCGGCAUCGUCCAUCACCCUUUGGUUCGACCUUGUUCUGCCUGGCCAUCCUCGGUGCUCACCUUACAUCUCUUCCUCGCCCAUCAUGUCAUCCUCGUCCGAUGCCUCGAUGAAUUCGGCCAGCUCCUCCCGAUCCGCCUCGCCUGUUCCCCUGGAUGCUGCAACGCUGCGAGCCGAGGGCAAUGAGCUCUUCAAGUCAAAGGCGUAUGGCUCUGCUCUGGACAAGUACUCUGCCGCCAUUGAUCUCGAGGAGACACAGAGGAUAGCUAGCAGAAAGGCCAAGGCCAACGGAGCAGCAGGCAGCCAGACAAAUGGCUCCGCCCCGAAUGGCGCCACUGCCGACUCGCUCUCCUCCCUCUAUCUCAAUCGCGCUGCUGCCCUCAUGGCUCUGAACCGUCAUGGCAAGGCAGUGAGCGACUGCCGCAAGUCUAUUGAGCUACAGCAGGAGGCAGACGGCGAGGCCUCUGUCAAGAGUCAGCUCCGGUUGUGCAGAGCCCUCGUGGGAUGUGGACAGCUAGACGAAGCUCAAUCUCGCCUCAACUCGCUGCCCGACUCUGCCGAGACCCGGUCCCUCAGCUCUUCUUUGCAGCCUUUGCUCGCCAGCUGGGCGGCUGUACAGAGGGACACAGCUUCCGGAGAGCUUCGAAUGGCCAGCUUCGCAAUCGAGCAGCUCCUAUCAUCCUCUCUAGUCCCUGCCCCACCUCUCGCCUGGAAGAUCCUGUCCCUGUCCCUCCUCUACAUUCGCAACGAUUCCUCGCUGCAGCAAGCCUCGAGCAAAGUCACAGAUCUCUUGCGGACAGAUCCGAAUCAUCCAGAGAUUCUCUUGCUGCGUGCUCGAGUGCUCUUCGCUCAAGGAGACCUGACAAAGACUGUCCAACAUACGCAAGCUGCGCUUCGCAACGAUCCGGAUCUCACUGCUGCAAGGGACCUGAUGCGCUUCUCGCGGGCGAUUGAGAAGACUAAAGAGGAGGGCAAUACUGCCGCAAAGGGAGGAAGGUGGAGCGCAGCGAAGGACAAGUAUACAGAGGCUCUGAGGGAUCUCAAGGCCGAGAGCAGCGAUGAUCAGCCCAAUGGUCAGACCAAUGGUACUGGUAGUGACAAGUCGCCCAUGGCUACUCUGCAUCUCACAGAGGGCGGGUCGAGACAGCUGCGAGCUACACUCUACUCGAAUCGGGCAACUGCCAACUUUAAGCUGAAGGCAUACGACGCAGCCCUGUCAGACUGCAACUCCACCCUGUCCCUCAUCCCGUCCUACUCCAAGGCCAUUCGGACUCGAGCGCGUACUAGUCUAGCGCUCGAUCUAUUCGAUGAUGCGAUCAAGGACUUCAAGGAGGCCAUUGAGACCGCUACCGAACAGAAUGAGACUCAGCAGCUGAAGAAGGAGCUGCAGCAAGCGCAGAUGCUGCAGAAGCGAUCUCUGCGCAAGGACCACUACAAGACGCUUGGCAUCAAGCGCGAUGCAGAGGAGAGCGAGAUCAAAAAGGCCUACCGAGUCGCUUCUCUCAAGCAUCACCCAGACAAGGGAGGCGACGAAGCCAAGUUCAAGGAGAUUGGAGAGGCGUACAAUAUCCUUAGCGACCCUGCAAAGAGGAGACGAUAUGACAGUGGAGCUGAUGAUCCCGAGUCGGAGGUGCAGUCCAACCCCUUCGGCGGCGGUGGUGGAGUGGAUCUGAGUGACCUCUUCGGACAGGGUGGUAUGGGUGGAAUGGGAGGCAUGGGCGGCUUCCCCGGCGGUGGCUUCGGCGGCGGCGGUGGCUUUGGAGGCGCAAGACCACCGCCCGGCUUCCACUUCGGAUGAGCAGGUGGUGAGGCUGCUUGACGCUAGACUUCCCAUCUACUACUUCUGCUCCAUCCCCUUCCCUCACUGUCUACACUGUACUGUCGUGCUCCAUCUCCCGAGUGGAUGAUGACCUUUUAGACCUUGAGCCAGAAUAAAUAGACUUUUACCUCCCU